UAUAAAUGCAAUUUCUGCGAUAAAGCAUUUUAUCGUUUAGAGCAUAAAGUGCGUCAUGCUAGAACACAUACAGGUGAAAAACCUCAUGCUUGUACUUUUCCAAAUUGUGAUAAACGAUUUUCUCGGUCUGAUGAACUUCAAAGACAUAUCCGUGCUCAUAAUUCAGUUUGUACUAUUACAAUGAGAAGAAGAAGAAGGUCAUCUAAACAACUUAAUCUCUCUGAAGAAAAAGAUUAUUUACGUCAACAGCAACAUUGUUUUACAUUUCGCUUACCUCCAUCUACUCAACUUAAACGUCAUAAUACAGUAUCAAAAACGCCUACUCAAUUAGAAGAUCAACAUCGUCAUGCUCGGGAUCAAGGAACUAUUUCAUCUUCUGUCCUUCAUCAUUGUCUUGUUACUGGUUGCUUUAAAUCCUUUUGGAGAAAAGGACAACUGAUACGACAUCUUGAUAAAUCUCAUGGUAUUCAAGUAUCUCGUGAGGACGUAUCUGAUAAGGAAAAGAUGGCACGUAUUUUAGACAACAUAGUUUUAUCCACUAAAAGUCUAUCAAUUGAUGAAGUUUCGACCUCCACUAGUAGUCCCAAUUCAUCUCCAUCAUCAAAUGUAUAUUAUAUAACGCCUCAGACUAUGGUGUUAGUUGAACCUGCUUCUUGUAAAGAAAUUGAAUUUUUACCGCCUCCCUUACUUGAUACACAACAAAAUACUAUUUCCAAAUGUACACUUCCAUCGAUUAGAACAUUAUUUUCUAAUUGAGAGAGCACUAUAUCCUUUCAUUUAUUGUACAUACACAUGUAUGUAUAUCGUUUCCUUUUUCCUUUUUUGUAGAAUAUAUUGUAUAUUUAUAAUAGCAUGUUGUAUAUAUUAAUGAAUAAUCAUUACAUAAAUCUCUAUAGUAACAAAAUAAAUUUAGAAAAUCU